AUGGCUCAGCUCAGUCGAUACCAGCUCCUGCGACCAUUAUCAUCAGCCUCGUCUCAGCUAUCGAUCGGCAGAAGGAGAACAUCUUCUUCCACCCUGCAGCCCACCACUUCCGGCCUCACACCCCCACUAUCUCCACUCGGCCCAGGACUGGCGUCGACAGCCCACCCAAAUGAGGAAAAUGUCAAAAAAAACAGAGCCAGCGAGCUGAUUCGUCGGAUGGAGAACAGCGCCCGAAAGACGAUCGAGUACAGGCAGAGGCUAGCUGAAGACCGUGAACGUUUGUCGAAACUAGGGUCGAUACAAACCACGCUCCAGACGGCCAAGCCGUCGAAUUUCCGGAGCCAUCCGAGCCAAAUUUCCGACCUGACGCUAGCCACGAUGAUCACGGCGACGACGCACUUGGGGCACCACAAGACGCUGACCUGUCCGACGAACCACGCGCUGAUCUAUGGGGUGCGGUCGGACAUCGCGAUCAUCGAUGUGCGCCAAACGAUGACGUAUCUGCGUCGGGCGUGCAAUGUGAUCAGGGAGACGGUGCUGAACGACGGGAUGGUGUUGUUUGCGAACGGCGUCCCUGGGAGCGAGAAGGCGAUCAAGCAGGCCAGCGAACGGCUGGGCGAGAACGGGUACUCGUUAGGUGUCCGGCCGAACGGGAAGGGCGCCUCGUGGGUCCGGGGCACGCUGACGAACGCAACAGAGGUUCUGAAGCGGCCCCGCCAGGUGGCCAAGCAGCUACGACUCGCCGCCACGCCUUCUUCCUCCUCAUCCUCGGCCGGCGACGGUCAUGCGCAGCGGAAACAACAGGCCGACAACAGCCUCGAAGCGCUCAAGUUCCUGCCCUCACUCAUCGUCGUGUUCAGUCCCAGAGACUCGCGGGUGCUCCUCCGCGAGGCCAACCUCAAACAGAUCCCGACGAUCGGGAUCAUCGACUCCGACGUCGACCCCCGCGUGGUCACUUACCCUAUCCCCGCGAACGACGACGCCGUCCGCUCUGUCGAGCUCAUCGCUGGCGUGUUGUCGAGAGCCGGCCAGGAAGGCCUCCUCAAGCGCAAACAACUACUUUCGUCGAGCUUUGCGGGCUCGGAGUCCUUGUAA